AGGGAGCUCUCACACUCCGUGCUCCUAACAAAUACGCGCUUCUGGUUGCUCAAAGACCCCUUACGCUUAACGCUGACAGCAUUCUGAAAUGGCGGGGAUGAUAUGUCCCGUGUCGUCCUCGACCUUGCCUCGGAUCUCCGCUGCCCUCAAACAAUUGAAUUUAAGAAAUGCAACAGGUUCUGUAAGUGUAUCGUCUGCUGCAUGGAGUAGCAGAGCAUUCGGCCAGCCGUUGGUUCAGACAUCGACCCAGUCGCGGCAGUUUGUGUGCAAUGCCUUAAAUAAAGAUCAAUUGGACAAGGCUAAAAAGUUUCAGCUACAAGCCACCGAGGUUCUCGCAGAGCUUUUGAAAUCUAGUAACGUACAAUCGACAGCUGCGAAGUUGGUGGAUUCUCUCACCGAAGAGUUCUUCAUGGUGGCUUCGACCUAUUUUGAAAUGGCCAAGAAGGAAGGUAAUGCGGAGGUUAUGAAAAGAAUUGAGGGGGUACUAGAGGUUGCUAUGGCUGAGAAAGGCAAAACACUUAGGCCCGAGAUUCAACUCAUGAAUAAGUUGCUGAAUGAAAAAGAUCAAGGGAAGCGGGCAGAAACUAUGCGAAGUUAUUCGCAGUAUAUUACGGAUUCGGACGGCUACUUUUAUGAGCUGCUCCAGCGGAUGAACAAUGACGUGGAGGGUCUUAAAGACAGCCCCAAGAAACAGGAGUUGUUGGGAAAAAUUCGAACUGUCACGAAAGAGGUCAAAGAGACCGGCAGAGCAUUCAGGAAAGCGAAGUAGAGGCGAGAGAGAGUUUUGUAGAGGAGAAACUUGGGUAGUAAUGUGGAUGAGGUUGAGCAGGUCAGGAAUAAAAUUACGGACCAGUCCUUUGUGUAUAUUUGGAGCUGCGAAAUUCGAAUUAUGGAAGGUUGUCUCACAUGCAUUUUCCUUACUGUCGAUUGCUGUUGUAGAAAAGGUUCUUCCACUGAGGAAUGGACUUCUCAUUCACGGAGGAGCCACGUGAGGCAUCCAUUCAUAACAGUCCAGUUGUAAAACAUUCCAGACGCGUUCAGACGUUGUCACUGUAUCGGAUACCAAGAUUUUGGACAGAUGUGGGUGAAAAUUCAUUGUGUG